CGUCGUAACGUAUUAUUUUGUAUUCUCGCCAUUUCGUCAGACGCCAAUUGCAGAUGUCCGUUGCUUUAUUUACAGAUAUACAUUCAAACGGUUACUAUUGCAGUUAGUAGUACUUGCCAAGUACUACUUGGUGGUUACUAGUUGCCGUCUAGACCGAAUAUUUAUUACCGAUUGGUGUUUACUGAUUGUCUGACCGGAGAUUUCGUAGUUUUUGGGAAAGAAGAAAUGAAUGAAACAACUGGAAUGGAUUCAUCUGAUGAAAUUGAUAUUCUAAUGGAGGAAGAAUCGCCUCUAGACGUAGAAGACUCUAUACAAGAAGACAAUAACUGUUCGUUACACAGUCUGGAUAAUGAAGAAAGAGAGAAAAGAUAUAAGAAUUUACUUAAACUUUUAGAAAAUAGUACUAAAUUAUCUAAUGCAUUUGAAACCAGAUUAAAAAAUUGUAAACUUCAAAUUAUUAAAAAAGAACUAGAACAAUCUAAUAAAGUUGAUGGAAAUGUACCGAUUAAAGUUGAAGUUGAAUCAAACACAGCUUCAAAUAAUCAACCAAUCGAAAAUGAAGAAUACGAAGAAUGUUAUUUAAAGUUAUUUAAACAACCAAUACUAUUUAAUGGAACACUUAAAAAUUACCAGAAAGAAGGUCUUUUAUGGAUAAGAACGUUGUUUGAAAAUGGUUUAAAUGGUAUCUUAGCUGAUGAUAUGGGGCUUGGUAAAACUAUACAAACUAUAGCUUUCUACUGUUUUCUUUUGGAAAUGGGAAUAAGUGGACCAUUACUUGUAAUUGCUCCUCUGUCUACAAUUCCCAAUUGGUUAUCUGAAUUCUCUAAAUUUUCUCCUCAACUGAAGACUUUGUUAUACCAUGGUAAAGAUAUUCAACGCUAUAAAAUUAGAUCAAAAUUUAAUACAGAUUAUAAAGUGGGAAAUUUAAACUGUAAAUCUAUUGUGAUUACAACUUAUGAAAUUUUGCGUAUGGACAUAAAAUUCUUAAAGAGUUAUGAUUGGAAGUAUAUUACGAUUGAUGAAGGUCAUAAGCUGAAAAACUCUCUAACCUUAACAAACAGAUGCCUACGAGAAUUUGCUUGUGCAAAUAAACUUAUACUUACUGGGACACCAAUUCAGAAUAAUAUGAAUGAACUAUGGACUUUAUUAAAUAUACUGAUGCCACAAUUAUUUAAUGAUAUAAAAGAUUUUAGCUCGUGGUUUGUGAUUAAUGACUUUCAUGGUACGAAUGACCGGAUUAUUAAUAUAGCUACAAAAGAUGAAAUAUUAGAUAUCAUAGUAAAAAUACUAAAACCUUUUAUUUUGAGAAGGCAAAAAACAGAAACUGAUCUAAACCUACCACCAAAGAAAGAAAUUGUUAUAUAUGCUCCAAUCACAGAUCUGCAACACAAAUUGUACAAGGCUACAUUGACCAAGGAAAUGAAUACAUUGUUAAAUAAAGAACCGGUAAUUCAGAGUGAGUUUGGAGUAAGGCCUAAAAGGAAAUGUGUACAAUCUAUUCAAAGGUAUACUGAGAAUAGUGUUAUAAGAAAAACUGAACCAAAAUCAAAAGUUGAGCCAAAAGAUAAGGCUGUCUCAUUAGUUUUACUAAAUCCAUUUAUUCAAUUAAAGAAAAUAUCUAAUCAUCCAUACCUUGUUCAUAUGCCUUUAAUUCCGGGGAAAAAAAGCAUACUUGUUGAUGAAAACAUUAUUAAAGCUAGUGGAAAAUUUCUAAUAUUGGAUGCGAUGUUAUCAAAAUUAAAAUUGCUUGGACAUAAGGUAUUGCUGUUUUCUACAAUGACGCAAUUAUUAGAUCUAAUCGAAGAGUUUUUGAUUUUUCGUUCCUAUGAAUACACUAGAUUAGAUGGUACAAUGGAAAUUGCUAAUAGAGUGGAAGCAAUUACUACAUUCACCAAUGAUCCCGAUUGUUUUUUGAUGUUAAUAUCAACGCGUGCUGGUGGACUUGGUUUGAAUUUGACUGCAGCAGAUACUGUUAUCAUAUUUGACAGUGACUGGAACCCACAAUGUGAUUUACAAGCCCAAGAUCGGUGUCAUAGAAUUGGCCAAGUAAAACCGGUUGUUGUUUACCGUUUAUGUACUAAAAGCACGGUUGAUGAAAAUAUAUUAGCACACGCUGCCGCUAAGAGAAAACUAGAAAAAAUUGUCAUUGGGAACGGUACAUUUAAUAGAAGCACAAAAAUUAACUUAUCCAAUAUAAAGGAUCUGAUGAAUUUGUUAGAAUCGUCUGAUUAUGAUAAACAAAUACAGUCUAAUGGAUUUAUAUUGUCGGAUGAAGAAUUGGACUCACUUUUAGACCGUUCUGAUAUGGUUAAUUCAAUACCAAAGGCAAAUCCUUCUCAGUCUGCCAAACAUUUUGAAGUAUUGACCAAAUGUUAGAUUAUUUUGUUUUUCUCAAAGCAGAACAUAGUUGUUUAUUUUGAUAAAUGUAUAUAUAUAAGAGAUAUAAGAUUUCAUGUUUUAUAAAGGAAAAUUAGUUAUUUUAAUUUUAUUUUUCAAAUUUUUUGUACGUAUUGAAAUUAUUCAUUAAAAUAUUUAAAGUUUACUAUUAUACAUUUCAUUUUUUUUUUCAUAUUUCAUAUUAAUAUUAAAUUGUAUUGAGUUAUUUCUUUUUUUUAUGACAAUGCACAAAUUUAUUAUACAAUACAAUAAAAAUGUCUUUUUCAAUUAGAAUUUUACAAUUCUUUAUUUACUGUUUAUUUUAUAAUGCGAAUUUUAUA